AUGGGCUGCGCUGACAGUCGAUCAGAACUCACACCAGAAGAGCAAUGCCUUGUUAAUGCAGAAAAUAUCCUUCAAUAUAAUAAAUGCAGCAGCCAAAUGGUAGACUAUUGCCAUAGGAAAUACUCUUCAAACAAUGAAAUUAAUGCCGAACAAUGGCGAGAUAUUGUCUCAACUUUAAAUCUCAAAGCCGACAACACCGCCCAAAAUAAAAAGGUUGUUGAAUUCUUCAAUCUUUUCAAAGGCCCUGAAGGCAAAUUUCAUAUGCGCCAUCUCUUAGUUCUUGGGAUUAUGCUAACUCCUCUUUUAAAUACAAUCAAGAUUUCUCUACUCAGUCGAAAUGAAGUUGAAAAAAAAUUAUAUUAAAUUUUAUAAAAUGCAUUUAUAGGGUCUCCACAGUUGGAGAAUUAUUCUAUGAGUAGAACUAAUUCUAAAUGUGGUGGCAUUCUAAUUUAGAACUCCACAUGUGGAAUAAUUUUUCCACGCAUAGGAUUCAAUCCAAUAUUAGUGUAAUAAGCUAUUUUAGAUAUAAAAAUCCAAUUGAAAUAUAUGGAAAGAAAAUUAAAUUUAAUAUAUAAUAUUUAUAUUUAGAAUUUUUAAAAUUUAAUACAACCAGCUAGAGAUCGUUAUAAACAUUAUUAAUUAUACAUAAAAAUAUUUUAAAUAAAAAAUAAUACGUUAAAAUUGUUUCCAAAAAUUAGGCAUUUUCCAAUAGUUUGCUUCUCUUAAAGGGCAGAGUAAGUCAAUCUAAUUCCAAAGAAAAAGCCAAGCUUUUAUUCCAAACCCGUGACCACAUAAACGCCAAAGCUAUUGCAAAAGUGGAGAUAUUUGGAUUAGUUGAAGAUAUGAUCGAAAUUUCAGUAAAUCGGCUUCCCCGCUUGUUCAAUGAAAAUCCGCACUUUCAGAUGACUGAAGAUGAUAUUAAAAAAUAUGCUUUAUCCCUGAUCCAAUUAAAAGAUAAAGCAAAACCACCUUUAGCGAAUAGAUUUAUUGGGCUUACAAAGACUUCUGAUGAAAAUGUUUCAUUGGCGAAUUUUUUAAAGACUUUUGAAGAUAUAGAAACAGCUAAACUUUUAACGCCAACAGGAAUUAGAAGCUUUGUUUUAAAGCAAAAGCCAUCAGCAGCUACAAGCUCAAAAUUCGCUGGACUUUUAGCCCAGAAAAAGGCUGAGCCAAUUAAAGAUAAAGUAGAAGUUGAGGAGAAGAAAGAAGGAGAGAAGAAUCACGAAAAGAAACAUAAAAAGUCAUCAUCUUCUUCAAGCUCUUCUGAUGAAGAAAAGAAAAAGAAAAAGCAUGAGGGCCAUAAAUAA